GGAAAAAGACUAAACACCUUACAAUUAUUAAGCAAAGUAAAGAGGAACGGCCGUACAAUGAUCAAGGCUCAACGUACAAUAGUUGAGAAGUCCCAUUUCAUUUGAUACAUUCACCCAACUAUCGCUCUAAUUGAAACCCUAGACGUCGACGAUGACGGAACCGAUAUCAGUCGAAGAAGACGACAAGAAAUCACCGGAGCUUCAAAGACUCGUCGAACCAGUCUCGGCGGAAGCGGCGGCGGCGAUAUGUAACAACCGUAAAGAGAAAAGGAAGUUGACGAAGAAGGAGAAGAGGAAGCGGAAAAGGAAGGAACUAGCGGAGAAGGUUCGCCAGGAAGAGGAGGCUAAACUGAAUGAUCCCGAGGAGCUUCGUAGGAUUCAGAUGGAGGAGGAGAAAGAGAAGGAGAGAUUAGAGCGAGACAGGAGAGAGUUUGAGGAGAGAGAAAGGCUCUUUCUCGAAGCAUUGGCUCGAAAGAAAGCUCAAGAGGAAGAAGAAGAAGAACGAAGGAGAGUGGAAUAUGAGGAAGAAAAGGCGAACCAAAACCAGAAAGUGGCUCUUGAGGAUGAGUCAGAUGGAGAUGACAAGUGGGAAUAUGUAGAAGACGGGCCUCCCGAAAUUAUAUGGCAAGGAAAUGAGAUAAUUGUGAAGAGGAAUAAAGUGAAAGUGAAAAGGAAGGAUCCGGAUCCUGUGAUUCUUAAAGAGGAUCCCAAUAGGCCAACAUCCAAUCCGCUGCCUCCACAAUCUGAACUCUAUGCUGACUACAAGAAUGCAUCAUCUCUUUCAGCACAACAGUUGUUGGAGAACGUAGCUGUUCAAACUCCGAAUUUUGGAACUGAGCAGGAUAAAGCUCAUUGUCCUUUCCACCUAAAAACCGGGGCUUGUCGAUUUGGUUCACGCUGCAGCAGGGUUCACUUUUACCCCGAUAAAUCCUGCACUUUGCUCAUGAAGAACAUGUACUGUGGACCUGGCUUUGCUUGGGAGCAGGAUGAGGGGCUUGAGUAUACAGAUGAGGAAGUUGAAUGUAGUUUUGAAGAAUUCUAUGAGGAUGUUCACACAGAAUUUUUGAAGUUUGGAGAAAUUAUAAAUUUCAAGGUGUGUAGAAACAGUUCAUCUCAUUUGCGAGGGAAUGUUUAUGUACACUACAAAGAUAUAGAUUCUGCAGUGCUUGCUUAUCAUUCUAUAAAUGGACGUUACUUCGCUGGCAAACAGAUCACGUGCGAGUUUGUUAGUGUAACAAAAUGGAAGGUUGCCAUAUGUGGGGAAUUCAUGAAAUCGAAGCUUAAGUCAUGCUCCCGUGGAACCGCAUGCAACUUCAUCCAUUGUUUCCACAAUCCCUGUGGAGAUUAUGAAUGGGCUGACUUGGACAAACCACCACCAAGAUACUGGCUUACGAAGAUGGCUGCUUUGUUUGGGUAUGCUGAUGAUUCUGUCUAUGAUAGACGUCUUGAACGGGAAAACUCAGAACGGAAGUUGAACUCCUGCAAUAUGCGGGCAGCUGAUUCUGACAGGCAUCGCUCUGUAAUGUCUGAUUCAAGGGAGAGAAGGUCGCGCUCAAGGGAGAGCAGAAGUUCAAGGAUCCGUAAUGAGGAUUAUGAUGUUCAUAAGAGGACACAUCAAGAGAGAGGUGACCGUACUGAUAGAAAACGGCGCAAAAUUCUUUAUAAGAAACGAUACGAAGAGGACACAGGUCGACAUGAAAAGGAAACAAAUCGACAUGGUAAAAGUAGAUACAGUAGUGACUCUGAUUGGGAUUUAUCCGACAGAGAGAAAGAGGGAGUUAGGCGCCGUCAUAGCACAAGGGAAAGAUCAAAAAAACACCACAAUGAAAAAAUGGGGCGUCAACACCGUAAUGGCGACACCAAAAAAGGAAUUAGCUGCUCCAAGUCUGGCAAUGAUUUGCUGGAAAAGAGUAGAUAUGGAGAUGCAGGAUCUGGAAACAGAGAGAGGGGCUCAAGACAUUGGAAGGAAGAUCAUAGUACAGAUUCCGGCAGCGAGUGGUUGGAUGAGACACGAGACAGGAAUUUGCCUCAUAGGAAAAGAAAAAGCAGUUCUAGGCGUCAUAACAGUGUUCCAUCAUCACCUGAUCACUGGGAUAAGAGAAGCAGAGGCCGUGAUAGUAAUACUACUGUGGAUUUGACUGCUGCUAUCACAGAUAAAAGAAAACCCAUAUCUGACAAGAGUGUCGAUUCUGUUGAUUCAGAUAUGGAUUACCAUUAUCACCUUAAGGAAGACAUUGAGGAAAGAGGCCGCUGGGAACAUGAUGAAGGUGCUACUGAAACACACACUAAAAGUAGUAAGAAGUCUAUAAUUGAUUACUCUGAAGAUCACAAUGUGGAAUCUGAGUUGAAUGAUAAUGGGGACGAUAGUGGUAGUACAAGGGGGAUUAGCCGAUCAAUAAGCCAAAAAAGGAGAGGGAACAGGGAUAGGAAGGACUCUGCAAAGAAGUCAAAAAGAUCUAAAGAGUGAUAGGGAGCACAAUGAAAAAGACGGGUUACAGCUGACACAAACAGCUUUCAGUUAAGCUCAUAAGGCGGCUAAUGCAUUACUAUUUAAGCGAGGUUCAUACCAUAUAUAUGAUCAGUUGAAGUGCUGGAACUGAGGGUAGCAUAUGAUGACAUUACGUGCUUCAACCUUUGCUAAAUUUUGGCUUUGAUUGUAAAUAUCAAUUAUUACUUUUAUCCUAAUGAAGAUCAAGUUAAUCUCUGAUACAUUCCCAACUGCACUUGGGAAUAUUGCCAUUUAUUCCAAUGGAUGUUGAUGGACUUAACAUUGGUCUCUCCUCCCUUGAGGUGUUCAGUUCAUCUACUUUGACUUUACGAGAGCAAGUGGUUGCUAGUUAUAAAGUUACCUUAACGGUGUCGGACUAAAAUCCCUCAGCAAGUAUUCGCUGCUUUUCUUUGGUUGGUCUUUGUAGAUUGAAAUGAUGAUAUAGGGCGAUGUAAUCUGGUAGUAGAUUUCCUAUAUAAUUAGGCUUCUGAACUCGUAAAGCAGCAUGAUAAAUAGAGCCGUCAAUAUGGGUCAGGCUCGUUGGGCUGGUCUGAUCUGUAAUUUGAUGGAGUUGGGUUUUAAUUUUUGCAGUUUAUUUAAGAUUAAGGCUUUUUAACCUGGUCCGUAUAAGCUCGUGGCCCAUGGGGCUUGAGAAAAGUGGGUUGGGAUAGCCUGUGGAUCGAUCCAUAAGUCAAAUACAUGUAAUUAUUUAGAUCGCUUAUUAGUAUUUUUAUUUGAUUAGAAGGAUCUAUUAGAAGUAUUUUUUGGGGUGUUGAAGACUUGAUUAUUAUUAUUAUUAUUAUUAUCAUCAUCAUCAUCA